UUUCGCCAAAAUGUAAUAGUGGCAAACUGUUAGAAUGUUGUUAAAGAUGCUCAAUAAUAUUUAAUUAUUAGAUAUGCUUGUAUAGUUUUUCUUGUAUUUUGUUUUAUAAAGUAAGUUGCUUCAUUGAAAGCAUCAAGCAGAGAUGAUUUUGAUAGGAUCUGGGAGCUAGCCAAUAACCAAAAAAUAGAGAUGCUAACCCUUUUCCUCUACUUUUUGAUUUUCAAGCUAUGAGCCAAUUAAAUUCUGAAAAUCGGAAAAAAUAAAAGUGGAGGCAUCGAAUGGGACCUAUUAAUUUCGCAAGAGUACGCGUGGCAUUGCGCGCAACCAAAGAGAACAACGAGGAACCAUCAAAGUCUGAAAUGUUUAUUACAACCCGUAUAAAGAAAGGGAAGGAAGUUCAUACAGAUACUCAAGUUGCAAUAUUUGAACUUCAAAAUCAUCAAAGUUCCGGAGAAAUACCAGAUGAUGCAGUUAGGGUUGUGUUUGGAAAGGAGCAGCCUGGUCGGAUUAGAUGCUAUGGUAGAUCGGUCACGAUAAGCUCUCUGAAAAAAGAUGAGGAAAUCAACAAGCUUAAACAAAAGCAUGCUAAUGAAAUGAUUUCUCUGAAGGAAGAAAUGAAGGAAAUGAUGAGAGAAGAAAUGCGAAACUUUUUUAUUCAGUUGGUACAAAAUAACUCUGGACUGGAUAUUCAUGAUAUACAAGGGUGUGCCGGAUCUAAUCUUCCUUCACAUGUUGAUGCAAGUAGUGCACGAGCUAUGAGAGGCCAAAAUCUACCACAUUCUUCUGGCUCAACUCAUGCUCUGAGUCUUGAAAAGUGUUAUCAAAGGUGAAAAGCGCAAAAAAACUCUAAGGUCUGUUGGAGAAAAUUUAUCAUUUAGCUGAAGAAGAAUUAAGGCUACAUGAAGAUGGUAUGUUGUGAAUCAUCCUUGGAUUCCUCUAGUUGGGUUAGCAGCUUUGUACGAGACAUGGCUUCCAUGUAGAAGGAUAAAAAGAAGUAUUUUCAGUAACUACAUUUGGCAGUGGUAAGAUGACUUUGCCUAAUAUGAUAGUGGAGAUUUUUUAUUGGAAACCUAACAUCAGUUGUUAUAAUAUUUUUCAAUACAGAGAACUUCUUGAUCGCGCACUUUCUGUGUGUUCUGAAGGUACUAUUAGAUCUACUUAAACUGGAGUCCAGAUUACUGUCAAAUUUUCUCAAUGCAUUUCAAUUAGUUUUGAUGAAUGGUUUGUUGUGGUAUAAACUGACAGCUUUGACUAUUUCAUGUGUAUACUGUAAGCAGUUUGAUUCUUUUCUCAGUGUUAUAGACACCUUAUUAGUUUGUUGAUUGGGUUUG